AUGUUUUUAUCUUAAAGUAUAUAAACUUCAUAUUCUUUGAUAAUUAUUGGGAAAAACCAGUAGCAAAUGAUUAAAAACAAAUGCUCGGCCCUCUAUUGUGCGUUGGAAUUAACUCGUUCUUCGAACGCAAGUAAAAUGAUAAAUUUUAAUAGAUAAUAUUAUGCUAUAUUUCGUUAAUUUUUUGGUUUCUUAAUGAACUUGAGCUUUCCUGAAAUUUAUUAGUAAAGUAAAAAAAUUAAAAGUAAUGAUACGGUGAAAAGAAUGAGAUUAUUAAACAUAAAUUUAAAUAUGCAAAUACGAGUAACACAAAACUGAAAAUAACAUUAACAUUCGAUCAACAAACAAUGUCAAUUUUGAGCAAAUUAAACUGUGGAUCUAGGUAAUCUUUGCACUUUAGGAAUCGUUUCAUAUUUGCAUCCGGGGUCGAAAGUCAUCGAGACGACCAGUGCUUAUCGAUUGUUAGUGGACAAUUAAUCUCUAGUCAACAGUCACUUAUCGCAGCGUAGUCACGGUAUAUGAGUGGUUUUAAUCUGAAAUGUCGAAAAGCGAUACGCAUCUUUUAAAUGUGACGAGAGUAGUAAAAAGUUCCUAUUUAUGAGAGGUCAACGGGAUUUGCAAGGAGGGAAAAGAGAAUGGUGGCACGAAACGCAAAGGACAUCCUGCCGAUGAUUCAUGCGACACGCUUCCCGCUACGUUGGUUCUUGCUCUCUCGUGAAAAAUUCUCUCGUCGACAGGCUUGACGAUCAGAAAAUAAUCAAUAUGAAAAACCACUUUGCUGCCGUUCAUGUGUGAGUCAUCUGAGAAGUUUUUUUCUUUUCUUUUUCUUUUCUUUCAAGCAUGACUCGCACGCGGGUGUGCUUCAUGGUUGCUCGCGCGACAAUUAUCGUCGACGGUCGCAAGAAGGAGAGAAAAAAAUGGAAACUAUAUCGCGAAAGUGAAUGGCACGGCAUGAAUCGCGAUUAUUUUGUUAUCGGCGUAAUUGACGAUUGCUGCUCGAACACUGCUCGCCUGACGCCGUCGAUUCCGAUCUCACGACUGUAUUUCAUGGCUCUUUGAGCUUUAUUACCACUACGGCUUCAACGACGUUCAUGUCAUGUUCAAUAGAGCGUCCGAAACGCGGCGUAUCCUUUCGCUUUUCGCGCGAAAAGGGUGAAAGUACCACGGGGCCGGCGAAUAAUCACGCCGAGAGGCGUGAUCAUGCCGGUGGCCCACAUUGCAAAAUUCAUGCCUUUGCUUUGAAAGCGACGAGUGCAGAGAACUAGGCUUUACUUUUACAUUUUCUCAUCCGUGUCACGCGAUCUUGCACGUUAAAUUGAUUUAAUCGUUAGAAAUUCAUACGUAUAGCGCCGAAUUGGACAUUGAUCCGCGGCGUGAUCGGGUCUCGACGUGCCAAAAAUUUACAACUUUCUUCUUUCAUUUCGUUGCUUGUCCUUCACGUCAGUUGUAUUAGCAUCACUUUGGAAUUGAUUUCCCGUCUGAAGUUUAAUAUGCGUGCAAAUAUUAUUUCCGACACGGUGGGUGUAAAUGUGAAUUGGCUACGUGUGCACGCGUGCCCCUGCACGCACACGUACGUCCCGGGCAUCAUUGACGACCUCCCUCAUUCACGCAUGCCACGUAUGUACAUGUACACGCGCUUACGCACGAACGCGUCCAUCGCCCGCAUGCAAGAGAGAAAACAUGUAAUGCUUUGCUCUUUGUUGAACAUAGAAGCAGUGAUGUAAUCGAUGUUCAGGAUACCCCAUCCCGUAAGGGAUGAAAGGACAGACGGUUGAAGGGAAUAUUCACCCUCCAUUGUAAACAAUUUUCAUGAUUUAACAGCAACAUUGUCGAGUUUAAUAUAUCGCCUUUUAUCUAUCGAUGUUUCUGAAAAUAGCAUCGAAAAAGAUUGUUUUUAUUUUAAAAAUUAUUAAAUUAUUAAAAUUGUCAAAGAAAAUAAGAACUCAUACUUAUAGACAUUUUAUUAGUCUGCCGUGGUUUGUAGACCGUAAAUGACUGGCUCAACGACGUGCACCUGAUACAUUCGAUAUCCUUCAUUUAUCUCGUUUUUAUCUCCCCUUUUAUUAUAUUUUUCACUGCUCUACUAUUUAUUUUAUUUUAUUACUUUCUCUCUUCAUCUCUUGAUUAUUACUCCUCCUAUCUGUGGGUUUCUCUCCUCGCCCCUGUCUUUUUCCUUCUAACUUUCAUUUUUCCUCCAGUUUUUCCCCCGACCUCGCGUGCACUGCGACGAAGAGGAGCCUCUUACGUCCCCGCCAAAGCGGAAGGUCCAUCAGUUUACGUUACUGCGCGAGAAAUGAUCAGUCGCGGUGCAGGUAUCAGAGAGAGUACGUACGCUGGCGGAUGGUCAUUGGAGAAGGAUAAACGUUGCGAUCGCGGGAGUGGGCAGGAAACGCUUCAGCUCGGACUAUGUAAGACGGCGAGGCGGCGGCCGUGGGGUCCGAUCGAGCCGAGUUCCCAUCGAGACCGUAGCAGUAGUAUCCGAUCAGUCGCCGCUGCGCGUGGUGCUUUUAUGUCUUUGGCGUUGUUCGCUUCGCGGCUCGGGUAGUGCAACAAUUUGGCGGUGGGCAAGACUCGCGCCAUCGCAUUAACCGGUUUCCGUGGCGAGCUGCGUUUCAUCUCGAGCGUCUGUGCCCGCCGCGAGGAGGUACGGACAAUCGUCCGGAUCAUCCAUAGAUCAGAGAACGGACCAUCUGGCUAAAAGGAGAUGAGAUGAGUCUCGUUAUUGAUGAAAGUACGCGAAAGAGAGAAGUGGUGAAGUGGUGAACGAAAUUGGCGACUGAAGUUGGCGAAUCUCGUGCAGAUUUUAUUACUUGCGACGUAGGUUCGGUCGUCGGAAGAUGUGCGACUCUUUCGGUACCAGCGUGGCGCGAUUGUGAGAUCCUCGGGGAAGAAAGAGGGAAACCUAAGUUACAUUCUUCUUUUUGAUUUUCUGCGAGAGAGUUUUUUUUAUAUUGUUAUCAAUACCUUGGAUGUGCAAAAUGGAGGAUACAACGACGUCUAGUAUUCUCCUUAUGUCAAAAAUCGGUGCUAUGAUCGGUCUCGGCUUCGGUUCCCUAGCACUGGGAACCCUACCGUUGGUGGUGGGUCGUUAUAGGACCAAGAAGCGACUUCAGAAACGUCGCCAAGCGAUCUCCUCCAAUCACUCCAGCACUUCCACUUCCACUUCAGCGUCCAACGCAUCUUCGUCGAGUGUUGAUUUGAUUCCCGCGGGGAGCAAGCAAGGUCUCCUUACGUCGCUGUUACUUUGUUUCGGCGGUGGAGUGCUCUUAUUCACGACGUUCCUGCAUUUGGCGCCAGAAGUGCGCGCCAGCGUUGAGAGACACCAAUCCAACGGUCAGUUGCCAACUCUGGGCACCCUCGGUCUGGCCGAGCUGCUCUUCUGCAGCGGCUUCUUCCUCGUGUACCUGGUUGAGGAGGCGGUGCACGCUGCACUUACUGGCAAGCCCGAAUCCUCAGAGGCGCUGCUCUACCGAACCGUGUCCGUCCGUAGAUGCAACAAUAGUCAAACGGGACCAUCGGUGAUGUCGAGUGGUUCGACCACCACCGUGUCCACGACGACCCGAUCCAUAUGGAAGGACACCGACGAUCUCGAGGAUAACGAAAAUCGGGCGGAUUUGGAGCGGCCGCGAAUCCAGCCUAAUAAUCUGCACAAUCAAGUGAGCAAGGAUGACAAGGUCCUGCCAGCUAUAUUCGUUCUUUCGUCACCUACUGUGCUGUCGAACGAAGGACGCCAGGUUGUCGAGAGGCGUUCUGAUCCGGAACUGGCGGUGCCGGAAUUGAGUUACUCGCCGGUCAAGCAUCAUCACGACCAUCACAGUCAUCUUCACCACCAUCAUCAACACGGAGUGUUGGCACAAAACACCUCCGUGCAAGGAUUGCUGACCGUGCUGGCAUUGUCCUUCCAUGCGAUAUUUGAAGGCUUGGCGGUGGGCUUGGAACCAUCUAUCAGCUCGGUGAUGUACCUAGCGGCUGCCAUUGCGACGCACAAGUUGGUGAUCUCGUUCUGCGUCGGGAUGGAGCUCUACGUGGCUGGUGCAUCAACGAAGACUACUCUUGGAUACCUGUCGAUAUUCUCCAUGGUAACGCCGAUCGGGAUCGCUGUAGGACUCGCCCUAAGUCACUUCAAGAACGACAGCGAGAAUCUUGGGCCUACACCGACUAUACUACAAGGCAUGGCGGCCGGCACCCUGCUUUAUGUAGUGUUCUUCGAAGUGUUGGCGCGAGAGAGAGCGAACGAGAAGAGCGGCCUGCUACAACUUGUCGCGAUCCUCGUCGGCUUCAUGCUGAUGUUGGGCCUGCAGAUCGCCACCGCCCAUUCGCACUCGCACGGCCACUCGCACGGAGGCGAUGGUCAUGAUCACGACCACGACCACGAUCACGACCACGAUCACGACCACGACCACGACCACGACGACCACAAGCACGACAUCGUCGCGGGCGCGAUCGACAAAGUGACCGACAGCAUUGCCGAGGCUCUUACCAACGCCUUCACGUCCACGACAUCGUCGACGAUACAGUCGAAGGACGUGAACGAGACCAGUCCGUUGCGUCACAGUUAGGGAUCAACUUUGGGAUCCGCAAGUUCAAAACUACGCGAUUGGAUCCACUUCAACGAAGAGUUCAGCAGCAAAACCCUCACCAAACCUCGAAGAUCUCAGGAUCGUGAUAGUGCCUUUACUAAAACGAUUCUUCUUGUUCAUUUUGAUCAUUUGGCGAAACGGAAAGCGAGAUAACGAUAAAGAGAAUAUGGAUAUGACCUGAUGGAUUUAUGUGCAUGGAUUUACAUAUUGAUCAGAUCAAUGGACUCGAAAUGGUGUUUUUAUGCUGCUCCGAUCGGAAACAGCAUUGUUGGCAAAGAAAUGUUAUGGAUUUCUCACAAUCCUACUACUAACAGUUGCUCGAAGUUGUGACCAAAAAGGACUUUCUCGCGUAAACGUAUUUUUAUUCUGAAAUAGUGUUUAGCGAAGCGCAUUAUUUUUUUUAAACACGCAGUAAGUAAAUCAGUCUAGUUGUAUGAUUAUUUAAGUGCCUUCGAGACCUAGAUACUAGAAGUAUCAAAGAUAUUUAUUAAUAAUACCGAAAGAGACAUUCUAGCAUUUAAACAGCUUUUCGCGUAACAUAAAAAAAAGAACAAGCCCUAGAUUUAUCAUGAGAUCCGAUCCAUUAAUUUCUUAUUUAUUCAAUGGAUCAGAACAUGUCGCAUCCAUGUAAUUUUGUAAUAAAUCAUCAUGGCAUCUUUUUAUUACGAGCGUUGCAUUUUCUGCUUUUGUGCAGUGAAACGAAACCAAAUGGGACAUACAUCGAUCGAUCCCUCGUGUCCUGUGAUUUUUCAAAAUACUCGUCUUUCUCCCUCGUAUUUUUAUAGAAAAAUGUCUAACUUAACAAAAUUCUUAUUAUUUUUUUAUAUCAAAAGAGUAAAAGAACCAAAUUAUUUUUUUAAUUAGUGAGAUGUAUGUGUGUUUGUAUUUACGCCUGGAAUAAAUUAUGCGUUAAUUAUGAACUGAUUAUAACGAAUAAAUUGUGAGCUGU